UUACAUUUGGACAACAACUUACCAUAAGCUAGCAUGUAGCUUUUUGUCACUACUUUCGAUGGAUCUGAAUGAGACCAAUCAUUAGCGUCAUUAGCUCACAAAUACUGUCACCGCAUUUAAGCUGUUUGUUAAAAUGGAUAUGUUAAGAGACGAAGACGUGCAUGAGCUGAAAUACAAACGUGGGGGCCGCUUGGAUAUGAGCCAUGGCUUCCUGCACCAUAUCCGGAGGAACCAGAUUGCUAGGGAUGACUAUGAUAAAGAGGUGAAACAAGCCAAAGAGGUGAAGCAAGCUAAAGAGCUUCAGCGGCAGAGGCACACCACAACCCCUAGACGACCCCGUCGACCUGAUAUCCAAGUGUACUAUCCUCGACGCAGACAUGGAUCAGAGCCGGGGGCCAGUGCUGAGGCUGAAGAGUCUAAUGAGAGUGGGUCAAGCACAGAGACUGAGACCCAUGCUACUGAACUCUUCUGGCUUGACUAUCAGGCAGACUCUGGUACCAUUACCUCCUUCCUUGUGCACAAGGAGGAUAAGCCUGAGGAGGUGGUGGAACGUGUCACAGAGAAGAACAUCCUAGAUCCAGCCAUGAGGUCAGCUCUAGUGGCUCGAAUUCGAAAGGAAAUUGACAAAAGACGAGACAAACGCUGAGUGAUGUUCUCAAAUAGUGGAUUAUGAUGACAGAGGGGCUACACACAAAGAGGAGCAAGACUUCAUUUGCAGUUCUACACUGUGGAAAGCAUCAAUGCUGUUGACAGUGUAAAAGGAGGACUCUGGGAUCAUGAACAGUGACUGUCCGCAGAGAUCCAACUUGAUGAGCCACAAAUAAUCUUUCUUCUGUUAUCUAAGGAGAAGGAACAGCACUUAUCAAAGACAGUAUAGUUGGGAGUUAACUGUCAUGUUUACUACAUUUUACUCACCAUGGACCCUCAUUCAUAACUUUAAGGACAUAUUGUACACCUUGAUGUUGACUGGACCUGUAAAAUGAUGAUUAUACUUUCUAACAGUUGAAUGCAGAAAGGAGUAGGUAUCCCUUUGACAGAGAGCACUGUUAACCAUCCUCCUCUGUUGAAUAGGUCCUGUUUCUUGUGUUUACAAAGAUCUAGUUUUUAUAAAAAAGAUUUAGACGGUUUUUUUUUUAAAUGCUGUGAAGGGAACAUCGGUCUAUCAGCAAUUCUGUGUUUAGAAAUGUGGGAAUUUUUUUGGGGAGUUUAGUGAAUGUCUGUGAUGUGUUUGUGUGGAAACUGUGUUUCAUUGUUUUCAGUAUUCUAAUUUAUUUUGGCUUGUUGAAAUACUUUUAUUUUUGAUACUGUAAUAUUUUGAGGACACAACUCAGUAUAUGUAUAAAAUGACAUAGAUAAGGCAUUUGAAACUCUCCAAGUGUGUCUGAAUGUGCACUAAUCCAAUUGAACAGCCAUAAAAUUAUAUGUUGUAAAAACACAUCUGUGGGGGAAAUAAUUUUGAUCACUUCUAUCCUGAAAUAUACAUUUUGGUGGGAAUAUAGUAUUGGGGUAAUGGCAACAUACUGCAUCAGUUUAAAGUGAGUGAUUGAAGUGUUUCACAUCAUGUCAGCAGGUGGCGGUAUGAAUCAGCUUUUCACACUGCGCGCCAUCUUCUAUGUGUCUAAACUUUAGUUUUAACCAUAAGUCAAAUUGGAUUUUUGUUAAUAAGCAAUGCAAAGUAACAGUGUAGAGAAUAAAAGACAAAUAGCCAAACUCUAAUUUUCUAGAAAGAAUUAAAACAAAUUAAUAAUCCUUCUGAAAAUGUCACUUCUAUGGGCAAGGAUACUUCAGGUACUACUUGUUGAACUUGCAUCAGUUUUAACUCAAAACGUACAAAUAAACUGGAGAGCUAAACCUUG